AUGUUCUCUACCAUCUGUUUACAGCACAACAUCUUGGAGACACCUCCAAUAUCACCGCCACAGUCCAGCAGUGGCAGUCCGCCACGCACACCCUCCCCACCACACCCACCACCACGAGAACCACCUGUCCUCAUGGUGGGAGGCAAGCCCAUCAAGAUAGUUCCUCUGAAGCCAAAUGCCAAGCUGGGAGGAGAGAACAAACCUAAGAUACUGCUACAGAGACAACUCACACCUAAUGUGAUACUGCAACCUAGACCUGUCAGUGUGACUCCCAUUACGCUCAGCAGUACUACUAACAGACAGAAGACACUGGUGCUGUCGCCAAAGAACUUAAGUGCCUUGACAAGUCAAAUAGGAAGUGGUACAGCGGAGAUACGAAUAGUCAAUCAACUUAGCUCAUGCACCAAGAACACCACCACCACUGCUACUGCUGUACCAGACAGACAAGAUAUCCAGAUGAAAGCUCUCAAGCGACAACAGAGAAUGAUUAAAAAUAGGGAAUCUGCCUGUUUAUCAAGAAAGAAGAAAAAAGAAUACAUAACGUCUCUUGAAAGCAGAAUAUCAGAGUUGGAAAAAGAGAAUAUUCAACUGAAAACAGAGAAUGAAGCUCUCAGAGCAAGGUUGGGCCAGUGGGAAGGUCCAGUGACUAAGAGAAUCAAGACUGUGUUUAGUGUGAACGUCAAGAAAACUGCCAUCCUCGCUGUGUUGCUUGUGGUCUCCGUCAACCUCGGUUCUCUCAGUUUCAUCUCAAGAAGCAGGUCAGGGGCAGAUGCUGUGUUGUCAAUGCCCGAAGUGACACUGUCACGACAUGGCGGUCGUCGUCUGCUGUGGACCGACUCGGAGCUGCAGAACGUCACAACAUCGUCAUCAUCACAAUAUAACCAGCAGCCCACAUGUCCUCUUCACAUAAACCAGACCGAGUCACUCAGGCUAAAUAGUGAACUGAGACGCUGGAUUGGGGUGGAGAAACCUCUCUACAACAACAACAGUGACAGAGAGAGCGACUUGGUAGACUUGACUCCCAGUCAGGACAGUCAGCUGAUGGUGCGGCACACCUCACCUACCCCAGUUAUCCCUCGCCGCAGGAAACUUAAAAUCACCAGGAAAGAGAUCCAAGAGACCCAUCUGAUGAUGCCUAAUGCCGGGUUACUGGAGGCCUUGCAUCGACGAGAUGAUACAUUCUACGUGGUGUCAUUUUCUGGUGACCACUUGCUGGUGCCUGCACUCGCCCACAACAACAGCUUACGGCCCAAGAUGUCUCUCGUCCUUCCAGCCCUACCGUUCAACACAUCGUCCAUGGACACCGCCACAUCGUCAGUGACCAUGAUGCAGAUCGACUGUGAGGUGUUGGACACCAGAAUGGUGGAGCUCAACGAACGAGACAUUCCGUCACAUCUUCGCCAGACCAAACCCGCAACCAGCAGCUCUCACCACAAGAACAUAUCUACUGAAGAAGAGCCAGUGAGGAGGUCGUAUCGGCCGUACUUUUUACGGAACAACUUUGUGGAUCCAUACUCCCACUCUCCCCUACAGCCCGGACCCAGGGACCGCACAACGUUUCCCUGAGUCUCCAGCAGCACAAAACCCACUGACAUUUGAUCUCUAUCCUUUAGUCCGAUCAUAGGUCGGACAUCUCGGAGGCUAGAACUGCAAGUUUUAAGUGACAGUUUAGUGUUAUAUUGAAACUGUGGUGCAGUCAUAUAAAAAUAUAUGUAUGGGUUUUCAUCCCAUUGAUCUUCAAACACUGUAGAAAAAGACUCUUCUCCUUACUACUAUUUUAACUUAUAAACAAUAUUACAUUUUUUAGCAAUAUCUUGUUGAUUUUUACUACAUUAUAUGGAAACCUGUGUUUAUAAGGUUUUAUUUUAUAUUUUAAAACUGAUUUGUUAAAAAAUUAUUACGCUAUUUCCAAUGUGUAAUAUUAGAAUUGUUUAUGACUAGCUCCAUUUCAUCUUCCACAUGGUGCAGAUUUUAGAUAUCUGACAUUGUUACAGACUUGACUCCUGAAAUCUGGAGCCCACAUCAGUUAAAAGAAAUAAAACAAACUGUUUGUGUCGUUUCGACGUAAGAGGCACCCAGACUCUAUCUGGCAACCCAUGAGACUUCCAGUGUAAUCAAGAUGAAGAGGUACACAUUGUCUCAUUGUCUGAGCGUACCGAAGUGGAAGGCAAGAUGGAUCUAAACUCAACAUUCAAACCAUUUCCACCAUAGCUGUAUUUUGUGUAGACAUGAACUGUUAAAAAUUAAACUCUUUAUGUCUAUAACUAAUACGUCAGUUGUGUAAAUUAUACAUUAACUGUGACAAACUGAAAACUCUUAAAGGAGUAGUUAUUGUUGUUGUCAGUUCAACAAUGUAACUGUGAGACUGGAAGUGCUGUACAUUUUAGACAUUUAAAUGCAAAUAUUUGUAGGAUUCCACAUAAUGUUUUUUGGGGUGUGUUUAGUGUAGAAUGUGUUCCUUAUAGUGAGUAGGCAUUGCUGGGUUACACUGAGUGUGGUAUCGUAAUUACCUUCAACAGUAUUAAGUUUUUACAGUAAACAGAAGACCAGGAUUUUUUAUAGUUUGGAACUCCCAAGUGAAAUAAAAUAUCAGAAACCUAAAAGGGUAAAAAAUAAAUAUAAAUUUUGUUCAUUUAUGUAAAAAUCCAAAUAAAUUAUACUACUGCUUCUAAUAUUGUAAACCAAUCUUUCUUGAUUUUAGUAUCCAUCUGACUAGCUAAUAUGGACCAAGAUUUUAUAAUCAGAUGUUGUUUUUAUAUUGUUAUCGUUUUCAUGUUAUAAAUUAAAAGGUUUCAUCUUAUACGAGGGCUGUCGAGAAAGUAGGUUAUGUUUUAAUAUAAGCAAAAAACAUAAUACAAGAAAAAAACUUGUAUUAUAUACAAUAGAAAGUAACACUAAAAAUACUAUAUUUCAGCAUAGUUACCAUACAAAUGUAGGCACUUAUCGUAGCAGUGAACUAAUUUUCAAAUUCCAGCGUAAAAAAAUUCUGCCGCCUGAGACUUUAAUCAGGUAGUCUGCGUUACCUUGGUAUUUUGAGGGGUGUGUGUGCCCCCACUCCAUCGACUGUAAUUUGGUUUUGCAAUUCACGUUUUUUACCCAAGUCUCGUCUCCUGUAAUGAUUCGAUCGAGCAGCGAGUCACUAUCAUUUUAAUAAGAGUUCAAAAAUGUUAAUGAAACAGCCAUAUGCUGAUUUUGAUGGUAACCUAACUUCUGUGUAACAAACUCCUUGAAAUUUGAGGAAAUCCAAGUGAGAGUUCUGUUAUUGUGAAUCAUCGGUCACAAUGCUUUGCUGUCCACUUUGCUGUACCACUGAAACACUCCACUGUCAGUAAUCACAUUGUACCAAUAAACUUCACAGAGUUUGUGACAAAUCUCAAUUGGUUUAUUGUGUUAGCCAACAAAAACUAUAUUGCCGACCGCAAUUCACAUCUCACAGGAUUUUCAAUUGCGUCACACAUUUUAAACUGUUAU